CUUCCCGCGCGGACACGUACACACACACAAACCGGCCCGCACCCUGCCGUCGCCGCCAUGAGAUCCACGAUGACCGUCGGGCUGCUGUUUCUGGCAGCAGCGGUUUCUGUGUCGAGCGCUCAGGCCAACAACAGCAGCAGUGACAACAGGCCGCAGCAGCAGCAACGCAGCGUCUGGGAUGAGCCCAUCCGAUUCAGCACCAAAGCCAAAGACUCGUGCACCAUGACCGUGUCCGCAGCCGGGGACCACACUCGCCUGCGCGUCUCCUGCAAAGGCCCGAGCCAGGGCCAGGCCCCGGCGCGCUCCUACCACUGCGACUUCCAGGGCAAGCCCGACUCGUGCCGCGCCUACAACCUCAACCCCCGCCACUACUUCACCCAGAUGAUGUGGGACGUGAGGAAGCUGAGCCACGCCUGCCAGGGAGCCAAAGUCUACCGCCCGGCCAUGUGCAAGAAGCACCCAGACGAGGCCCAGAUGACCUUCCUGUCCUCCUGGCCCAAGACCCCCGGCUCCAAGCCCUCCAAGCCCGUCCAGGAGGCCAGCAGGCCGCUUGCGCCGGCCAAGAACAAGCCCGUCGCCGCGCCCAAACCCGCCAAGCCGCAGCCGGCCAAGCCGCAGCCAGGCAGGGGCCCCCAGAGCAAGAGGACGACCGCCAAGCCCGCGAAGGGGGCCGCCACGCGCCCCACGGAGCAGCCGGACUCCGAGGCCUCCCGCGUCGCCGCCGAGUACUGCUGGACGAGCUUGCACGGCGUCUGCACCUACUUCAUCAGCUGGUUCCAGAACUGAGGGCGGCCGCUGCGGACCGCCGGUGGGUGAGGAACGAAGAACAAGGAACUGAAAGGUCGGAUACAGAUUUUUUUAGUGAGAGGUCGGCUGGAGAAGUUGGACGGAGUGAGGGAAAGCGCAGAAAGCACGGUGGUUGUUGGUGUGUGUGUGUGUGUGUGUGUGGUUUAAAGGUGGAACCCAUGCAAAUUUAAAAAAGCAUUAGCAGUGGUGGAAAGAGUUACGAGAUCUUGAUCUCGGUGCAUCACAUUCACAAGACUGUGAACACUUGUGUACGGUUGGUUCAUGAUUGCUUGUGCUGUCGUGAUGUGUAUAUGUCUUUUUUUUAUACUCUGUAAAAACACACAGCAAAACAAAAUAUGGC